AUGUCGGAUAUGUCAGCACCGCCUAUUAUUGUAUGUUCGAUAUGCAAAGAAAAAUUGAUUAUAACGGAUACUAUUGACAGCAUAAGCUGCGGCCAUAUAUUUCAUCAUAAUUGCAUUCAGUAUUGGCGUAAAAGGUCUGCCGAAUGUCCCGUUUGCCGAUUUCAGUGCGAUGGUUCGCAACGAGUAUUUCUUGAUUUUGACGAAAAUGCAAUAGGGGAUGCAGCAGACUGCGCAGCAGACAAUGCUAUAAUAAGAGAGUUGCAAGAUAAACUGCAAACUUGCGAAAGAAAUUUGAAAAGAGCAAAAGAUCGUUUAGACGAAUGUGAAGCUAAGAAUCUAAUAUUGGAAGAAAAAUACACGGAAGCCAAGGAAAAUUUUAAGAAAUUGAUGGAACAAAAUGAUCGGUUAUACUCGCAACUCAAAGAAAAAGAACGCGAAGGAAAGAAAUAG